AGAGAGAGAGAGAGAAUCUGACACGCUAGAAAGGACAAAAACUGUGUUGUGGACCAGAGUAUUCCUACUUUUAUUCUCUUCACAAAGACCACAGGGAAAAGGAAGCCCUUUUGUUCUCUCUUUCUCUCUCGUUAUUUUAGGUUAAACGCUUGCUUAAGAGCUUCUCUAAUUGGGGUUUCAACUCUAAUAUAUAGCACAAAACUGAGACUCUUUAGCCUGUGGACUUGAGGUUUGCAGGAAGAUUCCAGGCAACCAAACCAAACGAUAAAGCCUUAUAUAUUUCUCUUUCUCUUUCCCUCUUUUUGCUGUUUUGCACUUAAAAAACACUUGGUUUAGGGUUGCAGCCUUGCAGAGAGUGGUGCAGAAAGAGACAGAGAGAGAAAGAGAGAGAGAGAGGGAGAGGCAAUAAUUAGGAGCUGGACUAGUGUGCAGGCUAUGGAAGAGAAAUAGCAUGACCUUGUCGGUUGUUCUGCAAGAGUUCUCUUCUUCCGGAUGUCAUCCACCUCUUGUCCUUGUCACUGUUUUUUUUAGUACAAAGGCCACAAAACCAAUCCGCCCCGUUACUUUGAUUAAUGGAUUUUAGGGGAUUGGAUGGGAUUUUGGGAAACAGCCUUCUUAUCCAUCUCUCUCAAACUUUUCGCCUCUCCUUUUCUGAUUUUUCUUCCUUAAUCGCUUCUGCAACUAUCAGCUUCAUGGUGCAAUUACAGCUUCAUUACUUCAAAUCUACAGUUUAAUUGAUCAAGAUAGGGUUUUGCAGAAAAUAAUCUCUCUUCCAAGUCAUCUAAUCAUACAAGUCUAUAUAUUGCUCAAUCACUUGCUUACGUCUUUAGGAAUAAGGUUGAAAUCAAUGAUAUGGGUUGGUGGGUUUUCAGCCAUAAACGUCAAAAUCAGAAUAAGGAAGGAGAAUAAUCUUGAGUGAUUAGUUCUUUGAUGAUCAUCUUUGUUCUGGGAGUGGAUGGGCUAAACUAGGGUUGAAAGGUUCAAAGGAAGAUGCCAUGGUUUUGACAGAGAUAAUCAGGAAGAUGAUGACGAUUUGAGAAGUGGAGGGUACUAGAUAUCAAGACUUAGGUUCAAAGCUUUUAUCUCGCAGAUCAGUUUGAUGGAACUGAGAGGCCAAGAGAAGGAGAUGCCAAGCUCUCUGGAUUACAAUACACCUAAUAGAGAUUCCUCCUGCAAAAUCCCUUCUGCUUCUAUAAUUUCAGCCUUCGGAGCAACAAAAAGUGAUCAUCGUCAUCAAACCGUUACACCUCAAACUCUUGAACACCAUCUUCCACUUAAUCUGCAACAUCAAACUCUCAAACCAGCUAGAGAUCCUGACCAAACCCCAGAUCCAACUCCGGCUCCACUUUCACUUCCAAUUGCUGCCACAAGAGCAACAUCACUUACUGCCAGUAGAUCCAUUUCUAGAUCACCGCCACCACCACCAGCAUCAACAGCUAUCGCCACCGCAUCGACAACAUCAGUUAGAUAUCGAGAAUGUUUGAGAAAUCACGCAGCAAACAUGGGAGGAAUCGUCGUCGAUGGAUGUGGAGAAUUCAUGCCAAGCGGCGAGGAGGGCACCCCAGAAGCGUUGAAAUGUGCAGCUUGUGAAUGCCAUAGGAACUUCCAUAGAAAAGAGAUUGGUGGGGAAAAGCCACAAUGCGCAGCCAAUUGUUACUACACAAACAAUAACCAAAGAAACACAUUACCCCUUCCUCAACAACUUGCCACUUCACUUCCUCAACCGCAAGCUUCUGUUCAUCAAUAUCAUGGGUACCCUCAUGGGUUUUCUAUGACCCCCUCCACGGCCCCAAUUGCACCCAUGAUGAUGACCUUCGGUGGGAGGGGGAGUGGUGGUACGGAGUCAUCAAGUGAAGAUAUCAAUAUGUUUCAGUCAAAUUUGCAAGGAGCAAGAUCUAUGCAACCAUCGUCGUUGAAGAAGAGGCUUAGGACAAAGUUUAGCCAAGAACAGAAGGACAAGAUGAUGGAAUUUGCAGAAAGAUUGGGAUGGAAGAUCCAGAAACAAGAUGAGCAAGACGUACAGCAGUUCUGCUCACGAGUAGGCUUAAAGAGAAAAGUUUUCAAGGUUUGGAUGCAUAACAACAAACAAUCCAUGAAAAAAGCAAAUGUAAGCACAAUUGAAACCCUUGAAAAACAUAUUUUAUGAUGAUAUAUUUGUGACUACAAUUAUAGAUUAGAUGUGCAUUUCGAAUAAAAGUGAUGAUCAAUAGAGGUUAGCACUCA